AUGGUCGCAAAUCGCUACUUCGUGCAGCGUCUGAUCUUGUCGGUCCUGGUGCUGUCGGGGAUCAGCUCGAAACUGCUCCGAUUGUACCAGCAUUAUCAGUCGAUGCCCUUUUCUCUGUUUGUGAUUUACUUUCCGACCUUUUUUGUUCCCGAAAUUUUUCUGUUUAUUGCAGUAUGGGCUCUCUUAUAUAACGCGUCCGGUCGGUUCGCUGUAGCGACCGCAAUCGGGGCUGGAUUUCUUGCAUGCGUGGAGCUGGUGGCUACCUCGUCGCAAUUCAGCUUCUACUAUGUGACCGGCGGCGAGAUCCGAUGGGGUGCGGCUAAGUCUAUCGGCACCAGUCGGCGGGGGAUGAGGUUGCUCUUAAGUGGCCUGGUCCCAACAGUUGCAUCGGCUACUGUCAUCGGGAUUGCGUCGUGUAUCGCGGCUCCUGGGAUCUGGCAUUGGAUGACCCGAUGGCUGCACUCGCUGUCCAAUUCUCUGCGCCCCAAAUCAUUGACAAGCAAAGCUCCUCCUAGGGAUACUUUGGAGGACUUCGUGUCUCAUAAGCCACGGUUUUAUACGUUCUCUGCUGGGUUGUUGAUUACGGGGCUGUGGGUGAUUCGACCGGCCGUGCCGUACGACCAUAUGACCGAAGCCCUACCGUUCGCUUUACUCGGGGACUUGAGCUCCCAUUCCAAGACUUUGAAAGCUACCAGUGAUCGAUUCCCGCUGCCGGAGCUGCUGAGUGAGCGAUUUUGGGAGUCUCCUCAUGGUUCUUAUAAAGGGUGGAAACCUACGCUGGGCCAUGCAGGGGACACCGGGUAUGCCAACCAGAAGCCCGACUGGGCGGCUGGUUCUUUGCCUCCCGGGUUUGAGCGCUGGAGUUUGGGUUCUGAUGCAGAUGCUGGCAACUUGCAGGACGACAAAGCCAGUUCUAGCAACGGAAACCGCCCAGCUGACCCCCCGCGCGUCUACUAUGACCCGGCUCAAGAUCCCAUGAGAAUCACCAACCUCGAUUCGGACCUGCUCGAGUCCCUGAAAGAGGCACUCCAAGAACGCGAUAUCCCCAUCAAUCAUAUUGUCAUGGUGUUUUUGGAAAGUACCAGGAAGGAUGUCUUCCCGCUGAAAUCCAACUCUCGUCUCCAUAGCCAAAUGCGCGCGACGCAGAACUUUGAGGAGGAUGGUUCCGAGGCCGAGUUCAACAAGACCCUAGCUUCUCUAACGCCGAUUGCAGAGAGCCUCACUGGAGAACAUUCUGGUUUCAAUGUCACCCACGCAAACGCCUCCAAUAUCUCUACUGGACCUGACCGUGGUGGUAUCAGCUUUGAUGGAGUGCUCACUGGCAGUACUCUUAGUGCCAAAUCGCGGCUCGUCAACUAUUGUGGUGUGCAAGCUCUGCCCGUGGACUUUAUGGCUGAGAACGACCUUGUGCCGUACCAGCCAUGUCUGAUGCAGAUUCUGGAAUUAAUGAACCAGCGCAAAAAUGUCACUGCAGACUCUGAUUUUCCCGACGACGACCCUCUCGAGCAGAAAUGGCAGACCAUCUUCGCGCAAUCAGCCACCGGAGGUUUCCAAGACCAGAAGAAGCAUAUUAGGCAGAUGGGCUUUCAUCAGACCUUGUUCGCUGAGGAUAUCAACAAGAAGAGGUCUAAAUACUGGCACCAUCAGAUGGAAAGGAUCAAUUAUUUUGGAUAUCCCGAGACUGAAGUGCGUCCUUAUAUACGAGACAUGAUCAACGAUACCCUCAACGCAAACAAGCGACUGUUCCUUUCGCACUUCACGAGCACCACCCACCACCCAUGGAACACGCCUGCGGACUUUAGUCGCAAGGACUAUUUCGGACCGCACAGCAGUCUCUCGCAGCACAACACCAUGAACGACUACCUGAAUACCAUCAGAUUCGACGAUGAGUGGCUCGGCGACCUGAUGGGUCUAAUCGAAAACGCGGGAAUUGCCAACCAAACUCUCACCGUGUUCGUUGGCGACCACGGAACCGCCUUUAAAGAAGACUGCCCCAUGACAGAGACAUACCAGAACCCACACAUCAGCACUUUCCGAGUCCCGCUCCUCUUCCACCACCCGCUGCUUCCACGCAUGCAUCUCACCGCAAACACCACCACCAUCUCCAUCCUCCCCACCAUCCUCGACCUGUUGAUCGCCACCGGCUCUCUCAACGAACGAGACUCCAAGAUCGCCCUCGACCUCGUCAACGAGUACGAGGGCCAGUCUCUGAUCCGCCCCUUCCGCGCAUCGCACAACGGCCGCGAGGCCUGGAACAUGGGCGUCAUCAAUGCCGGCGGCACGCUUCUCAGUGUUGGUUCCGCGGCUGUGCCGUACCGACUCGGUCUCCCGCUCUCUGAUGACUUGGAAUACCGCUUCACGAACACUGAAAACGAUCCCCAUGAGCUCUCGCCCGUUCUCGGCUGGAGUAUUGAGUCUUUGGUUGUUGAAGCUCAUCUGCGCGACGGGGCUGAGGCGGCGAAUUGGCUGCGCAGGGCUGACAAGGUUGGGCGUUGGUGGAUUAAGGAGCGGAAGAUUCUUUGGAAUUAUUAA